AUGGGCGCGGCGGAGGAAUACGAGGAGCACGGUGGCGGCGACGGCUCGGCGGAGAAGAACGGAAGCGCCGCGGACGGCGGCGGCGACGGCGGCGCGAUGGAGCGCGAGGAGAUGCAGCUGUACUCGGAGGCGUCCGCGUUUCAAGGCGCCGCGGUGGUGGCGAUGAUCGAGCGACACGACGACGACAUUGGCGAAGAGCAGAAGAUUCUCGAAAUCACGAUGGAGGAUGGGGUUACCAUGUCGCUCGCGCUCGACUCGGGCGAACGGCGGCUUAACGAACUUGGUUACCGGCAGGAGCUGAAGCGUUCGCUGGUAAGUGUUCCGUUUGAAGGUGGUUUCCCCUG